AUGACUUUGCUCAUUCGCCACACUCUUUUAGCAUGCGUGUUGUCAAGUCUUCUGGCUUGCGUCCAGUCAGAAUCAGCAACAUGCAAGCAGGUUUCUGCAUCCACCAACAUUGAGCACCACGAGCGGUUUGGGAUUGAUUAUACCCUGGAACAGUUGGACUACUGGUCAACUGCUGCCGGCAGUCUCAAACCGGGCUGCAUCUUCUACCCCAAGAGCGCGGAAGAGGUUUCUUCAAUAGUCAAGACACUACAAGACAACGACGAGCAGUUUGCGGUGAAGUCCGGCGGGCAUAACCCAAACAACUAUUACGCCAGUGUCAAAGACGGUCCUUUGAUCUCAACCAAGAAGCUGAACCAAGUAGUAUACGACAAUUCAACCAACACGGUCAGUGUUGGGCCAGGAAACAGAUGGGAGGAUGUCCACGCUGCCCUUGACGGAACUGGCGUCACCGUUGUGGGUGGCCGGAUAGGAAACGUAGGCGUGGGGGGUUAUUUACUUGGCGGCGGCCUCAGCUUCCUCAGUACCCAGUACGGUUGGGCAGCGAACAACAUAGUCUCGGUUGAAAUGGUGCUAGCCAAUGGGACGAUCGUCACAGCGUCCAACACCUCGAAUCCGGACCUGCUCGCUGCCAUCAAGGGUGGCGGUAAUGCAUUCGGCAUCGUUACGAACUAUGUCUUGCGAGCCCAUCCUAUCGGCCAGAUUUGGGGCGGCAACCUAAUUUUCUCGAGCGGUGACAAGACGGACGAGAUCCUGACAGCCAUUCGGGAUUUCACCGAGAACUACACCGACCCAAAGGCUGCUAUCAUCGCCACCUCGGAGUUGACUCUCUUGAACGGCGUCAACCUCUGGAUUCUUUUCCUAUUCUACGACGGGCCGGAGCCUCCGAGCGGAAUCUUUGACGGGUUCCUCAAUGCCAAGCCAACGAUCAACAACUGCAAGACGAGGUCGUACGCAGAUUACCUCAAGGCCAACAACGUCUUCGUCCUCAAAGGCAGUGUGUACACUAUCGCCACGGAAACGACGCCGCUGCCUCCCGCUGCCGCCGGGGCCAAGGUGAUGCGCUCGUACUACGACCACUGGUACAACACGUCGGCCGCAAGGCCCGGCGUGGCCGGUGUAGUUGCCUCCAUCGCCUUCCAACCAAUCCCGAAGUCGUUGGCCCGGGUCGCCAGGGAGAAUGGCGGUGACCUUCUGGACCUGGAUGACGACGUCGACAGAAUCAUCUUCGAGUUUGACUACUCCUAUCUCCUUCAGAUAGACAACAACGCGAUCGAUGAGACAAUGGUCGACCUAUACAGCGGGAUGAAGUCGCGGGUGGAUGGGUUCAUCGCGGACGGCACGCUCCCUGAUGUCUACAGACCGUUGUUCAUGAAUGACGGAUACUUUCGGCAGGACUACUGGGGCAGGUUGAAGCCCGAGAAGAAGCAGUUUGCCGAAACUGUUCGGGCUUCGGUCGAUCCAGAGGGUUUGUUCCAGAAGCGAACGGGUGGUUUCGCACUCGCCGCGUAA